AUGGGGUUGGACGAGAAGCUCAACCGUCUGCAGCUGCGCGUGCUGCAGACGGCAGACCAGGGCAAGCUCACUGACGGCCAGCGCGCCGUGAUCGAGGGCCUGCCAUCGCCGCGUGGCCACCGCAACCAGCCCCCAUCGCCGCUGAACCGGAGCGCGGCUUCCACGCCACUCGGGCUCGCCGGGCGCGAGAGCGGGAGCGAGGCGCCCCUGCUGCGCGGCGACCCCUUCAUGGCGCCCGACUACUCCUGCGAGGAGGAGGAGGAGGUCUCGAUCGAGACGGCACUCGAGGCGCUCGGGCACGGCACGCUGCAGCGGCGGCUGCUCGGGAUCGCGCUGCUGCUCGAGCUGGGCGCGUUCGCGCAGCCGGCCCUCCUCGCCGCCCUCACCGACCCGCACGCCACGUGCACGCUGCCCGGGGCCGACGGCGCAGCGCAGUCCACCGCCUCUGCCGCCGCCGCCGCCGAUUCGACGGCGCGCGAUUCGACGGCGCGCAGCCUCGUCCUCGCAGCGCUGUGCGGGGCGGUCUUCGGCGGGUGGGCUCUGGGCCGGGCGACCGCGACGGCCGCCGCCGCGAGCGCGCUGUACCUGGAAUGGCUGCCCGCGCGGCACCGCAGUCACACCAACGCCAGCAGCGACAACCGCACCGCCGCCUUCCACCGGCUCUGGGCUGCGAGGCCUGCCGCUACGCUGCUGCUGCAAGGCUUUGUCAGACCACGGGCAGGGCACCAGGCGUUUGAGGAGGCGGCUAGCGAGGGGGCGGAGAGACGGCCCCUCUGGAGCGGCACACGGCACUAG